ACGACACAACUCUCGCCAGGAGAAUUUUCCGGUGAUCUCAUUGAGUUCUUUGGGUCAAUGGGGGGCGAGGUGUCGUUUCUCGUUUCCCGCCGACAGGAAACGUUGUGACUGAACUCUAAAGUGGGCGCAGGCAAGCUCAACGCUCAAAUCCCAAUAACUUUGUUGUUGCAAGUGGGUUGUGUAAAAUCUCAGCGGGGAUACCGUCAUCCCUAAUCGAUUGUGCUGGGCCGAUAGUCGGAGGAAAAGUGAAAGGCUAAACAAAGAAUGACAGCUGUUAGGAUUAGGCAGCGACGAUGUAACUCUAUGAGUGCUGGGCGCCGUGAACCAGUGGACGAACGAAACCAUCGAAUCUGUAUUGAUUAUACACCUCAACCAUUUGAAAUUGGGACCCUUAUUCAGUGAUGUUGUAUAUUGUUUGCUCUUGGCUCUCUUGUGUAUCGCAACCAGGCCUCCACCGCAACCUCCAGCGGCGUACGCAGUCUCAACGAGCAUCCUGGUCGAUGCUUAUACUCCUGUGGCUUCCGUUCCUUUGUAUCGCUGCGGCUUCUGCACUAUCGAGCAACUUCGUAUUCAAAAGUUCAAUCGCGAUUCCUCCGGGCUGGAGAUUGCUUUACGUCGCUCCCCCUGAACAUCGUUUUGAGCUGGCCUUCUCGCUGCGUCCGGGAAGGUUUGAUGAGCUUGAACGGCGGCUUUAUGAAAACAGCGAUCCAAGGAAUCCUAGGUGGACUCGCCAGGGACGCCUGUCAAAACACGAUGUGAACGUGCUAGUUUCCCCCCGUUCAGAAUCUAUUUCUGCCGUGAUGGACUACUUGAGGCGGUAUGAUGUAGAUUUGGGAUCUAUUCGAUGGGCUUCCGACGCGAAGGAUUGGUUUUCCAUCCUUGUCACCAUCUCAGAAGCCGAGCGGUUAUUGGGGACCAAAUACUUUGUAUACGAACACCAGUCAUCGGGUCGAAAAGUUAUGAGGACACCGUCUUACCAGCUUCCGGAGGAUCUUCUCCAUCAUGUUGUUUCCGUACAACCCACAAACUACUUUGGUAAUAUUAAGCCAUAUAGAAGCACUGUCCGCCCCCACUUCGGAGCGAUCCCUCCGAAAUUUCCAGUGACCAUAGCGGCGGAGCCAAUUCCUGUUACGCUGGACACCAUCAAAACUCAGUAUAAUAUUGGAGAUUACGCCCCUAAAAAUCUGUCUAAUAAUGUUAUUGGCAUUACUGGCUAUCUGGAGCAGUAUGCAAACCUCGGCGACCUUAAAUUAUUUUAUGAAACAUAUUUUCCAGCUGCUGCGAACGUUUCAACUUUGAAAGUAGAGUUGGUAAAAGGCGGGAUUAAUCCUCAAAAUGUGUCCCUUGCUGGAAGUGAAGCGAACUUGGACGUCCAGUAUGCUGGAGGCCUUUCGUUCCCUAUACGUAAUAUAUUUUACUCUACUCAUGGCCGAGGUCUGCACACCCCAGAAAACGUGUCGAAUACCAAUGAGCCGUAUGAUGUUUUCCUAAAUUAUUUAUUAUCGAAGAGUGACGGAGAGCUUCCUGCCGUACUUUCAACCAGUUAUGGUGAGGAUGAACGGUUCGUUCCUGAGGAUUACGCAUACAGCGUUUGCAAUCUAUACGCUCGACUGGCUGCCAGAGGCGUUACUAUCAUCCAUUCCUCUGGCGAUUCAGGGGUUGGGACGGGAAUAGACCCAACAGGUUCGGGACCGUGUUUCACUCCGGUCAAUGCGUUCUCUCCAACGUUUCCUGCCACUUGUCCAUAUGUAACCUCCGUGGGUGGCACCGUGGGUGAUCCUGAAACAGCGAUUUCAUUCUCCGGUGGAGGGUUCAGCAACUAUUUUCCCCGACCCUCGUAUCAAGAUGUCGCAAUACCAAGUUACAUCGCCAACUACGCCACCGAGCAGAAAGGUCUUUUUAACACAAGUGGGCGCGGAUUUCCAGAUGUUUCAGCGCUCUCUGUCUACUAUACCGUCAUUGUCGGAAGAGCUCCGGCCCAGAUCUCAGGCACCAGCGCCUCCGCACCAUCAUUCGCUGCUAUUAUUUCCUUACUGAACGACGUUCUAAUUUCUAAUGGCCGAAAGUCUCUUGGAUUUAUCAACCCGCUUCUGUACCAUCUUGGUGGCAAGGGUUUUAAUGACAUUACAGUGGGAAAUAACCUUGGGUGUGGCACUGAAGGAUUUAAUGCGACGCAAGGCUGGGACCCUGUGACCGGUUGGGGCUCUCCAGAUUUUUCCAAACUAAAAGACUUGAUUCUCUCUGAAGCAUACACGACGAGUAGUACAAGCAGUCGCAGCACACCCACUUUAUCAUCAACACGAACCGGUGGUGCCAUCACCAUUUUCCCUGGAACCUGGGGGAUUCUUUUCGUUCCGGCUGCUCAAGUUGCGUUGAUGACGCUUGGUCUGCGCUUCUAACCCAGCUUUCCGCGUAGUAUACCGUCGAGAACAUUCAGAGCCAUUGGUUUAGUACAGAAUGUCGGCGACUUAAAUGUUCCAUAAUACCAUACGAGAUCUAGCAGCUUGGGGCAUUCUUGUACUGACAUACCUUUCCCAAGUUCCCUGGUGUGGAUUCGAAUCUCGAUAUGUUCUGAUGUGUAGUUUCCCCUUCUCCGUGAACGGUUCAAACAACAAUUUUAUGCAGUCGUGUUG